UGGUAUAGUAUGUUUCUAUGGCUGUAAUGAAAUGAAUUAUUUUGUUUUUAUAAAAAUAUCCUCCUACUUCUUUAGUCAGAUUGAGUAUCAUCAAAUGUUUUAUGCAAGUUCGUAUAUUAUACAUAUCUCUAUAAAAUACAAACAUGCUCCUGAUAAGAAGGCAUAUUAAAGAAGGUACACCGGGGACAAGCGAAUACACAAAAUCAUGGGUACUGUGUUUAUAUUUGCCAUUGUAGUUCUCUUAAAAAUUGAUACGGCUUUUAGCGGAUACUGUACCUUAUUACAAACAACAUAUGCAAGGACGUACAAAGAUUGUGGUUUGUGGGGUUGGAGUAGGUGUACCACAUACAGGCCGUACACAGUGCUGACGCAAGUAUGUUGUCCUGGAUGGCGUGGCACAAGUUGUUCGGUUCCAAUAUGCAAUAAUCAGUGCGUGAAUGGUGGAAGGUGCAUCGGGCCCAACAAGUGCAAAUGUCCGGCAUCAUCUCUAGGUCAACAGUGUUCUACAGAUGUGUGCUCCCACAUUGCUCCAUGUUAUCCUGGUACAUGCAGUUUUCCACAUACAUGUUCAUGUUAUAACGGUUUUACCGAUAGCACUAAUGGAUGCCUUUCAUUUUCAAGAGGAAACAACCCACCAGACAUAUCAGAAUGCGAAUUUACAUUAGCACAUAUACGAAGAACUGAUCAGAAACAGCAAUUCUACUUCAGCGUACCUUGUUCCGAUGGAUAUAACAAGAGCAUAAUUUGGUGCAAUCAGCAAUUGUUCAACAAUGCUAAGUUCACAAUGAAGUCCAUGUAUCCAAAACUACCGAGCUUACCACCUCCACCGGAAUAUAUUCAAGGACUUGGAUUUGGAAUAGUUUACAAUGGAAUAAAUGUAAAACAAACAAAGUCCCCAAGGGCUGGUGACAACACCGGAAGACACGUUGCUUUCGACAGAAACUACAACUGUAGUGGCUUAUCAAAUACAGCACCGCGCGAUACACUUUCAUCCUGUGAAAUACAAGACAACUACAGAGUUUAUAUUGAACAUAACGACUUCAUCACCGUGACCUACUCCACGAAAACUGGUGGCUUUAGGACACUAUAUAACAAAGAUACAAAUAGAAAUGGGUCAACACAAAUCUAUACUGGCCAAAUGACUACCAAGGAAGUUGAAAUCAGAUUUGAUUUCAUUGCACCUGAACACUGUUCUGAAAUCGGUGCCAGAAAUACUUGUAGCUACGGAGAGAGACCAAUCGAUGUCGGAAAUGAUAUCACGGAGAAACCUAUUCACAUCAGUUGGGAUGGAUGGUCGGACGCUUUAUCUGGAAUCGCUUAUUACUACCUUGAGAUCUUCAAGUUGGAACCAAAUACACAAAAUGAUCUUACGGAACUACAGCCAUUAAAACCAAUUUAUCAUUUCAAAACAAAUAAAACGUCUUCUUUAAACUUUCCAACAUACUAUCCUCCGGAAGCAGGAAUGUAUUCCAUACUUUUGCAAGUAUCAGACAAAGCUAAUAAUUCUAAAAUUGCAAGGAGAUUAGUUUUGUAUGACAACGACUCUUCAAUUACCUUAACUAAACCUGCCUUUAAUCCUAACAUGCCAAUUAACGUGUCAGACAUUAAGAUUGGAGAUGGUGGUAUGCAUGUCAUAACAGCAAUACCUGAAACAGGUUACAUGUGGCAGACCUCAAAUGAAAAGAAUAAAACAAGGAUUGUUUUGAACUGGAAAAACAAUUUUGUCAACACAAUUUAUGAUCAAGGGAAACUACUAAACCGAGUUUUGAAAUAUCCCACACAAUUUGCAGACCUGCAAGACGACGGUGUCCUAAGAAGCAAAAAGUAUGUGACUCUAACAGAUAACGAAGGUACAAGGACACAUAGUGCUAUUCAAAACAUACAUGGUAUUGUAAAAUUUGAAGUCAGUAUGGUUUACACAGAUGAUAGGCAGGAGCCAACAUCAGGAUGGAUAACGACUGAUUUGUCUGAAAAUUUCGAAAUAAAUGAACAACUCAAUGACGGGAUUCGUGUAAGAUUAUGGGUUCGAGCAACAGAUAUAAUGAACCACACCCUUGCCGAUUACACAGAAGUGCACAUAGAUAACACACCUCCUAGAGUUUCCAAUGAUCAUUUACAUGUAAAUAUCGUAAACGGAACAUAUGAACACACAUCAAGAAUAACGUUUGACACAGCAGAUGUUUUAUGA